AUGGAUGUGGUUUCUUUUUUUCAUUUUUUCUUUCAGAUUUUCUUCCUUGCUUUCUUUCUUUUAUUUUUGGAUUUCUUUUCAUUCUUUUUCGUUUCAUUCCUUUAUUCCAUGUCAAGAUUAAUUUUACUUUCGUCUUUGUUUUCUUUUGUUUGUUUGUUUGAAUAUUCUUUCUUUUUUUUCUUUUUUUAUUUAUUAAUAUCUGGAUACUCUUCUGUUUCAGAUAUUUUUCUUUUAAAUCUCAUCUUUUCACGAAACUUUCCAUUUUCUUUUCUUUCUUUUUUCUUUCUUUCUUUCAUUUUUUCUUUUUUAUUUUCAUACAAAAUUCACGUUUUAAUUUAUUUUUCUUUUUUCUUUCUUUUCUUUUCUUUCUUUCUUUCUUUCUUCUUUCUUUCUUUUUCUUUUCUUUUGGUUUUUUUUAUUUAUUAUUCUAUAUCGGGAUUAUCAAUUGUUUUUGCAGAUCUUUCUUUCAUUUUCUUCUUUUCUUUUCUUUCUUUCUUUUUUUUUUUUCUUUCUUUCUUUCUUUCUUUUAUUAACUAUAUCUUUCAAAAACUAUCAGGACACCCUUCGAUUUUUAACUCCCUUUUUUUCUUUUUAUUUCUUUUCUUUCUUUUUCUUUCUUUCUUUUCUUUAUUAUCUCUAUAUUUGAAAAAUAAAAAUUCCAUUUUCUUUCUUUCAAAUCUUUUUUUUUUUUCUUUUUUCAUUAUUUCUUUCUUUCUUUUCUUUUUAUUAUCUCUAUUCCACCCUUUUUUAAAAUCUCUUUCUUUCUGUUUUUUUCUUUUCUUUUCUUUCUUUCAUUUCUUUUUUUCAAAUUCUUUUUAUCUCUUUCAAACACCCUUCACGUCUUUUCUUCUUUUCUUUCUUUUCUUUCUUUCUUUUUUUCUUUUCUUUUUCCUUUUAUUAUCUCUAUAUCGGAAUCUUCAUUUUAACUCCCUUUUUUAUAUUUUUCUUUCUUUUCUUUUCUUUCAAAAGCUUUUCUUUCUUUUAUUAUCUCUAUAUCUGGAUAAACGUUUCAACUCCCUUUCUUUCAAAACUUUUUCAAAACUCCUUUUCAUUCUUUCUUUCUUUCUAUUGCUAUAUCUAGAUACUUUUUUCAGUCUCUUCUUUUUUCUUUCUUUUGUCGUUCUUUUCUUUUAUUAG